UGUUUGACAAACAUCUCUUGUUUAUUCAUUCCUUCAGUCAAUUAUUUAUUCAAAUCUUCAUUCAUUUAUUCAUUCAUUCAUUCAUUAUUCAUUCAAUCACUAAUCAAUCAACCAACCAAUCAAUCAAUCCACCAGGCAAUCAAUCAAUAAAUCAGUAAAUCCAUCAAAAAUUCACAUGCAUUCAUCAUUUAUUCAUUCAUUCAUUUAUUAUGCCCCCUUUUGAAAAAAGUGGGGUAUAUUGUUUUGCACAUGUCGGUCGGUCGGUCGGUCUGUCUGUCGGUCGGUCGGUCGGUCGGAAUACCAAAUGGUUUCCGAUCAAUAACUUGAGAACGCUUUGACCGAGGGACCUCAUACUUGGUAUGUGUAUUGGUCAUCACCAGCAGAUGAACCCUAUUGAUUUUGAGGUCAGUGGGUCAAAGGUCAAGGUCAGUGUGACCUUUACAUGAAAAACGGUUUCCGAUCAAUAACUUGAGAACGCUUUGACCCAGGAACCUCAUACGUGGUAGGUGUAUUGGUCAUGACCAGCAGAUGAACCCUAUUGAUUUUGAGGUCAGUGGGUCAAAGGUCAAGGUCAGUGUGACCUUUACAUGAAAAACGGUUUCCGAUCAAUAACUUGAGAACGCUUUGACCCAGGGACCUCAUACUAGGUAGGCUUAUUGGUCAUGACCAGCAGAUGAACCCUAUUGAUUUUGAGGUCAGUGGGUCAAAGGUCAAGGUCAGUGUGACCUUUACAUGAAAAACGGUUUCCGAUCAAUAACUUGAGAACGCUUUGACCCAGGAACCUCAUACUUGGUAGGUGUAUUGGUCAUGACCAGCAGAUGAACCCUAUUGAUUUUGAGGUCAAAGGUCAAGGUCAGUGUGACCUUAACAUGAAAAACGGUUUCCGAUCAAUAACUUGAGAACGCUUUGACCCAGGGACCUCAUACUAGGUAGGCUUAUUGGUCAUGACCAGCAGAUGAACCCUAUUGAUUUUGAGGUCAGUGGGUCAAAGGUCAAGGUCAGUGUGACUGUAAGCUGAAAAAAGGUUUUCUGAUUGUCCAUAUUUUAUUUUCUUAUAUAGUAGACAGUAGAAAUUUAUAUGUCACUAAAUGCAUGAGUUGAAGUAUCAGUUUUCAGUGAACAUCUAGUUUAAUUAUGCCCCCCUUCGAAGCAGAGGGGUUAUAUAAUUGCUUUGCACAUGUCGGUCGGUCUGUUGGAAGACCAAAGCUUGUCCGAGUGAUAACUCAACAAUUCCCGGACCUAUGGUCAUCAAACUUGACAUGAAGAUUAGGUAUGACCAGUAGAUGACCUGCCUCAUAUGCAUCCAAUGACAAAUCAGCUGUCAUUUCAGUCCAUGCAUAUUUCAUUCAAUUGUCCAAAUAUUUCUGGCAACUUGGCGCUCAGGGGGCAUAAUGUUUGACAAACAUCUCUUGUUUAUUCAUUCAUUCAUUCAUUUGCUAUCAAUAAAUAAAUAAAUCAAUCAAUCAAUCAUUCAUCCACAUAUUAAUUUAUAUUUGGAUUCAACCCAUUUUUUUCCAUAUUUCAGUCAUCAUCAAGAGAUUGAAUACUUCAUUCAAUCAGGAAUAGAAACAUGGAAAUUCGAUAAAUGUCACUAGAGGUCAUGACAUCGUCGUUAGGAGGAAAAGGGGGUUGAUAAUUGUAACAUUAUCUUAAUAUGUCAAUAUCGUCCAUUGUAACACCGGGAGACAUUCCUCAAUUUGUUCGCCUUGAUUCGAAACAUCAGUGCUAUAUAUGUCGCCAUGUUGUUCGAAAUUCAAUGCAAACAAGUUGCGGCCACCGAAUAUGUGAAGAAUGUGCACCCAAAUUGUUUGAAGGAAAGGAAGAGCCUGUGAAAUGUCCAGCUGGUGAAGUCGAUUGUGAAGAUCUUUAUAGGAAAGAUAUAACACCAGACCCAGGAGGACGUCGGGAAGUCAGAAACUUACUUGUUUACUGCAAUAACAAUCAGCUCGGAUGUGUGAAGCAAGUCAAAUGGAUCGAACUGGAUAGACAUGCGGAGUCCUGUGAGUACAGGCCUGUCUCCUGCCCCCAUGAACACAGGGGCUGCACAGAAAAGCUGCCCCACAACAGUGUGGAGAGACACGCCAACAAGGAUUGUGAAUUCAGGCCCUUUCCCUGCAAAUACUGUGCCAUAGAUGUACCUCUGAAAUACACACAGGAACACCUACAAAAGCAGUGUGAGGAGGUUCCACUUGACUGCCCAUACAAAUGUGGUGCAAAGCGAUUGAAAAGACAACAGCUGAAUGCCCAUAUGGAAACAUGUGGAAGACGACCUAAAGAAUGCAGUUUUAAUGGAAUAGGAUGCUUGUAUCAGGGUACAGAGGUGGAGGUAUCAGCCCACAUGCGUGACCAGACGGACCACCACCUCCAGAAACUAACACUCUUCACACAGGAGAUGGACUUGAAACACCUAGAAUUCCAGAGAAAAGUCACUGAUAUGAAUGAUGAGCAAGAAAAAAUGAAAACUGAUGUCAGAGAAUUAAAACAAAAAGUGGAACGAAUAACCAAUUCGAACAAAGAGGGAAGGCUGAAAAUGGUGAACCUGACGGAACGUGUAAUCCACCUGGAGAAGGUAGCUACAGAGACGGCACGGAAGGACGUGGUAGAGACACAGGGUCGGGAAAUAGUGGAGAACCGGACAGCCAUGGCCCAGGUGCGCACCCAGCUCACCGCAGUCGAGAGACUGGUGCAGGAACUUAAACACAAGGUGGAGACUGGUGGCGGGGGCGCAGAAGUUGCUGAACUAACACGUAAGGUUGCAUCCCAUGAGAGUCAGUUUGCCAACAUCGACAUCCAGAUGGCCGAACUGGACCUGCGUUUCCAGAUUCUAGAGACUGCAAGCUACGAUGGCCUGCUGCUGUGGAAGGUGCGUGACUACACACGCCGCAAAGCUGACGCCCUUGCAGGGAGAACUCUGUCCCUCUACAGCCAGCCGUUCUACACUCACAGAUAUGGAUAUAAGAUGUGUUCACGGGUGUAUCUGAAUGGUGAUGGUAUGGGCAAGAACAGCCACAUGAGCCUCUUCUUCGUGAUCAUGAAGGGCGAGUUUGACAACCUGCUGCCAUGGCCUUUCCGCCAAAAGGUUACCAUGCAGCUGCUGGACCAGGACUCAGGACAAACUAACCUGACUGACUCCUUCCAGCCAGACCCGACCAGCUCCAGCUUCAAGAAACCUUCGUCUGACAUGAAUGUGGCCUCUGGAUGCCCACUGUUUGUAGCACACACUGUGCUUGAGUCUCCAAAAUAUAUCAAAGAUGACACUCUGAUUUUGAAAAUUACUGUGGACCUGUUCAAUCUUCAACAUCCUUGACUUUUCUUUUUAUAGACUUUAAGAUUUGCUAGCUUGAUCAUUUCAAACUCAUCUUAACAACUUUGCCAGCCUAUAUUAUCCCGUUGCUGAAAGAAUGACAUCAACAUUGUUUUAUUUCAAUGAAUGGGAGUUUUGGUUUGUGCAACAUGGAUUUAUUUGAUUAAGCCAGUUGAUAAAUUAAGGUCAGACGAGGUUCUAUCAUCUUUCUUUAAAUCAUUCAAAAUUUUUCAAGCAGUGCAUGUAAAAGUAAUAGGCAGUGAUUUAUUAUGGGAAUGACAUUUUUCAGAGUAAUUCAUCUUGCUGUGUUUUUCACCUUUUGUGGAGACGUAGAUGAACCCAUCAGUUGCUGUACCAAUCUUUCCCUAAUGCAUUACUUAGGGUGAGAGUUAUCUAGUGGUAUAGGUGUCCAUCUCUAACACAUGAGAUAAAGUGUUUGAUUCAUUCAAAGGGACAUAUUCGUUUUGCAUCUGAAGAAGACUGCUAGUGCUGGUUCCUAUCUGGAAACAGACACAAGAGUGAUUCAUAUUGAAUUUAAAGGGGCUAGACACCAAAUGAUAAAAUUGCAAGAAAAAAAAAAAUUGUCAAAAACUUACAUAAAUUGACAUCAUGUACAACGCAUUGAAUCUAAUUUGCUAAUGUAUCACACCGCUUAUGACACAUGCAUCUCUUGCAGUUUUGAGCAUUUUUUUCCAAUUAGAAAUUUACUACAUAAAUCCCAGUUUUAGGUAGUUUAUAAAAAUAGCGUUGGUAUAUUUAUCUGUACUCAUAAACAUGAUUUAAACUAGGAAACCAUUGUGCGCUAUUUUUAAAAAGGGAAAGUGAGAUAAGACGGCAUCAUGAUUGUUGUGUUUAUAUUUUAAUCAUGUAAAAUGAUAUACUAUCGGCUUACAUGUAGCUCACAUUGACAAUUCUAGGCUUGUUCUGAAGAAAUACUGUGUUUGGUGAUUUUUGGACCAUUGGUGUAUUGCCCCUUUAAGUCUUACUCACAACUGAGCUAAAAUAAGUUUGUAUUAACCAAUGCAGUACUUUCAGGAGGUAAGGUAAAAUUCACUGAAUAUGCUUGUUUAAAAAGGGCAUGACUCUUUUUUCUCUUUAAAGAUGAUCCUGUCAUGUUGUCAUUAUCACAACACUUUCUUGAUACAUGUUUAGUGUAUAUAUAUAUAUUACUUUUUUUACAGUUGGUGCUUAAGAUAUGAGUUUAUAUAUCCAUGUAAAAAAGUAUUCUUAUUUUCGUGAAAAUAACAUUUGAGGUAUGGUGCAUCAGUAUUGAGUGUUUAAAUGAUUUAAAUGGCAGUCAGAUGUUGGAUGCAUAUGAUUGUCUUAGUUUUUAGAGUAAGAUUUUUUAAAGAUAUUUAGAGUUUUUACCAAGGAAAAGUCAUAAUGAGGGAAUGUAUUAAGCCAAUUUAUUUUACACUGAGAUUUCUCAAUAAUAAUUUUCAUUCAGGUUCUAUCAAAAGCUUACUGUGAUCAAUUGCCUAUUUAUCAAGUCGUUAUCGUAGAACAAAAGAAAUUUUAAAAUAUUUCAUUAGCAUAUUAGAAAUAUUUACUUUACAAAUGGUACAUGUUUUAUCUAGCAAACAUUUUUACAUUCAUGUAUUUUAUACAACCAGAGGCUGAUUUAGAGUUAUUGGAAAGUUGUAACAGUUUGGGGAAAGCAAGAUAAAUGAUCAUGAUCAAAUCAAAGAUUACAAGCUAAUCUUGUGCCUGUUAAAAGGUCAUGAAUUAGCUGUAUAAUGCAGGAAUACACCCAGUACAUUACAAAUAAAGUUGUGUAACAUUUGAAAGAGAAAGAAAACAAAUUGCUAUUUGUAGUUCUAAGGAAGGAAUGGAACCGAGUAAAUGCUGUGUAUUUUUUAUAAAUGAGCUUCAAGGUAUUCAGAAUUAGCAGAUUUAUGAAAAUAGGAUACACCGUAAAUGUUCUAUUAAACAGAAUUGGGCAUGUGUCUUUUUGAGAACCCUGCGGGCUAAAUAAAAACUAUUUUAUCCCAUUUAGUAGUUUAGAAUCUGCUUAAUUUCUUAAUGAGUCAUACAUAGAUUAAAAAAAAGAGAAGAAAUACUGACUAAAUUUGUCACAAUUACCCAUCACCCAUAGUAGGCCGAGUCAAAAGCCCAGUUUAUUUCUUUGAAAUAUUAAACUUACUCAAAGUCUUAUCUACUGAAAUCGGUGCCACAUGACUUUGAAUACAGGUAGUUGUUGCCUUUCAUUCUACCUGACAACACAUCACAUGACUUUUAUUGUCCAGACCUGUCCUUGUAUACAAUAGGUAAUGGGUUUAUCUUGUAUGCUUCAAUAACACGAGCAGGUGCUCUAUAAAACAAAUUGCUAUUUAGGGGUUUUGGAGUUAUGGUCAGCCUUAUUCAUGUCACAGAGUCGGAAAAAAGACCCCUGGUGCCUCUAUUAGGGCAUGUAUGUUUAAUAGGACUUUUACGGUAUAUUUUUAGUGCAAUGUAAAUGUAAUGGCACAUGUAACUCCCAGCCGAUGAGUUCUCGAGAACGAAACACUGUAUAAUAUGUUCCCUACUUACAAAUGUGUAACAUGUCCUGCAUUAGUGUUUCAUCAACAUAAUUGAUCAUAAAACAUAAUCUUGAAAUUGUUAUUGCCAAUUUCAUUAUAGUCAAUGAUAAGAUCACAAGUACCAGAUUAAUAUAAAUUACCUAAUAAAAACGAACAAACAGCAUAGUAAGAUCAUCUUAAGUAAUCUUUGCUUCAAAUAAAUCCUUUAUUUUAACCGUGUGCUUAAAUGUACCUUAAGUUUGAAGCAUAUUACAUAUUGUCCUGGGAUGAGACAUUAUUCACAAUAUGCAUCUCAUUAUUUCAUUCUUUUAAUCAUGUGCACAUAUAAACAAAUUGUGCAAUACUUUUUUCUUUACUUUACCUGUACAUGUGUUCUUGUGAAAAACAAAUGCAUGAAGAAAAAUAAAUGUACAGGAUCAGACAUAAUGAAAGUGAUUUGCAACUAAAAAUGAAUAUUAUAAGCCCAACAUAACAUGAGAAUAAAAUGAGUUACUUGAUGUCAUUUGCCCUUAAAGGCUUCUCUGGAAAUAAUAUAAAAAUAACUAAUGAAGAUACCAAGAUAUCUACUGUUAAUCAUUCAAACAAAGACCAAUUUUAAGAACAUGUGGAACUAAAAAGGUCAUGGCUCGACAAUUUGACAAAAAAAUAACACCCAUGUUACAAAUGACAUCAACAUCAAAAUCUUACAUUGAGACACAUAACCUUACAAAAAUAAAGUUAUUAACAGGCGAAGUAAACAGACUGUUCGUCAAUUAAGAGCCAUGCGUUCAAAAUGCAUGUAAAUAUUAAUGGUUUCUAUGCUAGAUCACAUGACUUUCAGUUCAAAUUGUGCCUGACAAAGGGUUGAUCACUUUACACAAUAUAAGGUUCGGAUUGCAUGUUUCUCUUCAAGUUCUUGCAAGGUAGUGGAUCUUUAACCAUACAGGAGCCAUAAGCUGCAAAUGACAGAGGUUGAAUUUCAGAUUUGGUAGUUUAGUUUAAUAUUUACAUGAACAAAUUUAUGUAAAAUAAAAUUGAAUCUCCAAAUAACCUCACAUCUGUGAUGAAAUCUGACUUCGAAGAAAACGAUUUAAUGCCAGACUCCUUCCUAUUUCAAACAUAAUUUUGAUGCUAUAAAUGAUUAAUGAAUAGUAUUUACCUACAUGUUAGGGUAGGUAAAAGUUUUACAUUAUUCAUACAUCAUCUAUCAUACAUGUCAUUCCUGCAUAAUUUGCUGUUUUCUUGACCAGCUCUGUCAUCAACGCGGAGGUGCAGAUGGAAGGCAAACCAAUCUUGUCUAAUUUUAGUCAUCUUUCAUGUAGUGCAAGAAAACAACUUUGAAUUGAAAAAAUGCAAGCACAAGCCCAAUGGCAAGGAAACAUCUAACAUGUCACGAGUUUAAUGCUAAAAAAGACCACAUGGCCAUAUAUUUAGAAUUUGGAAAUCAUGUGUUCUGAAGCUAAUUAUAAAAAAGUAACCAAAUUCAGCACCUUAAGUGCAAAGGACAAUAGUUGAUGAUAGUGUUUUGCCAUUUUGAAAGUAAACUUAUGUUUUGUUUACCUUGAGUUAAUACUUUGGUGAAUAUUCACCACCUAAUGUAUCCUUGGUUAAUGUAGAAGUAUGCUAGAAUAUUAUAACAUGGUAUAUAAUGAAUAUUCUGAUGCACCAUGUGAUUUUGUGAAAUGAGGACUGGCUCUGCAUAUCUGGUAACUGUUGCGAAAAGCAGCAAGAUGGUCUAGGUUGGCAAAAUUUUUACUUUGAUGCUGUUGAGGAAAUCUUAGAUUUAAUACAUACAUGCAUGCAUGCACAGAGCUAUUCACAAAGCUUUGCCUUGUGUUAAAACAACAACAAAAUCAUUUGUACGGCUUUGAUGUCAAAUAAUAUGCCUUGCUGUGUGUGAGCUUGUGUGAUGCUUUAUGACUUUAUCAUUGUCAGAGGCAACAUUGACCAAGUUAUGCGCUCAGAUUAUUUUCAAAAUCAGAAAGGUGUCCAGCAUUAGCAGAGAGUGUUUUAUCACAUUUUGAACUAUUUAGUUUACUUCGUAAAUGCUGUAUACAGGCUUGGCAGUAGGGGUGGAAUUUAUUGUUUUUUUAACAAAUACCAUAUGUUAAUGUGUAUUACAUGGAAAGAAUCCUGUUAUUUUUGUAUGUUUUUUCCAUAAAUUUAAAAUGUAUAUGUCCUUGUAGAUUUGAAAUAAUAAUUUUAUCUUAUGUUAUUACUAUGUUUUUCAUUCUAAUAUCCAAAAAAAUGGCUAAAUACAGUCAAACCUGAUUUUCAUUUUAAAUAAAUAGUCAAUUUUAAUAGUGAAUUUCUGAUUGUAAUAAUCAGCCUACAUUUUGAAAAUAGGAGGAUCAUUGUAUGAACACAUUUUACAAUGAGUGUUUUUUUCUGAUUUUUUUUAGCUUUUUUUUUUUUUUUGCCUAUUUCUUACAUUAAUUAAAAUAGUCAUCAAUCUCAUUUUUUUUUAUGAAUAUUCAUAGCCUCACUCAAAAGUCUAUGUCUUUGAAUAGCCCUUAAUAAGAUGUGAGAUGUCGUUUUACUUCAUAUUGUGGUUUCUUUGUUAAAUAUGUUUAUAAACACUGAAGGAAGGACAUUGUAACAACAUUCUUAAACACAAUUGAAUUUGUACCAAUUCAGCAAUUUUUUGAAGUAGUUACUGAAACAUAUUUAUCAGAAAAGAUGAGUAUUUAUGAACCUCAUUUAUACUUCCAACUCAACGCCAAAACAAUUUUGUAAGAAUGAUUCAUUAUGAAGAAACAGUUUUUCUGAAAAUAAUCAAAGGUAAGAUUGAUUUUUUUUUAAAUGCCCGAAAUUGCAUUUUUUUUUAAUCUAGCAGGUCUUUAAUGGCGGAAGAAUCGCCUUGUUAAUACAGAUUUUCCCAUAAAUUAAGACCAUUUUUUUUGCUAUAUUUUUUUCACCCCACUGAGUGAGCAUUAAAUCGAUUUUUUUGGCAAUGAAAAGUUCUUGAUUGAGUUAGUUGUGAGGUCCAAUAGUACAUUUCCUCGAAGUCUUGUGACAAAGUAUUGAUUGAAAUUUUAUUUUCAUAUUUUCAAUGGGUGCAAUAUUUAAAAUUGGCUCUUAACAAGAAUAUUCAAAGUUCUUAAAGUAGAUCAAGCAUUCAGAACGGAAUCUUUUUUCAUCAAAUUGAUAGUAUGGCCUUAGUUUGACUAUGAAUAUUUCUUUGAGUUUCCAUUUAUUUGAAGUUUGUCUUAUAAUUUCAUAAUUGUUUAUUUUUAUUCUAUCACACUAUUGUAUGCAGGCAUUAGACUGAGCUCAACAUAAUGAUGUAUAUAUCACAUCUUAAGCAAUGUUUUCAAUAUAUUUUUUUUCUAUUUAUACUGUAUACUUGUCCAUAUAUCUUGUCAAUAGAAUAACAAUUUGCUAAUAUGUGCUUCAUGUACAACAAAAUAUUAUGUUUUUGCACACCAAUGUGCUAAUUAAAUGCAAUUUAAUAUGCUUAAACCCCAUCAGCUUCAGGGGGCUUUGCCCCAUCUAAACACCCUCAUGGGCACGGCUCUGGACUCGUAAGGGGGCCUUUCGUGGUUGAAGUGAGUGAACACUUGUUUAACAUUUUAUUGUACAUCGCCUGAAUGAUAUUGCCAAUGAAUAAAUGUGUGCCUUUA